AGGAAACAGCAGCCAGGGUGCAGCAGAGGGGAAGGAUGCGCCGCCUGCUGCUCGGAGGGCGGCGAUGGCGGCGGCGAUGGUUGCUGCGGGGGUGGUGGUGGAGGUGCUGGAGAGCCCCUUCGUUCUGGCGGACCUGGCUGACCGCUUGUCCCCCGCUUCCUACGAGCCCCUGCUGCGAGCCUACCGUACGGUUGUAGAGGCGCGGGCCGCCACACAACACCUGGCCACGUCGGGAUGGCAGUCACACAAAUCCCUGGGCCAGCCGAACGUCAAGAGCCUGAACCUGCGGGCGCACCACACGCAUAUGGGCAGUCUGCUUCGCUGGGCGGCGG